AUGUCAGAUACUCGCCCUGCGUCUAUCCCUGACCUCUCGCCUCAUGCUCAACAGAUCAUGCAGCAAUUCUUCAAGUACCAUAAUUUAAUCAGCUGCACCUUUUGCUGUCAUGAAAAGCCUUCUUUUCCAGUGGUCGAAAAGGAGAUUGAACAGGCCAUUGAUGCCUCUACACGUGGUGCCACAACCACCAUUACCAAAACCACCAGCGCAACUCGCCAGCCCAAAAAGCGAAGUAGAGUUGCAAGUGAUGCCAGCAAUGGCUCACAAAAAGGCACACCAAUUGCCACUCCAGUAAAGAGUGGUCAAAUCAUCAACAAAAACAGCAACAACACCAACAACAGUGUGAUAUAA